AUGGAUUCCUGUGGGGUAACGGGCAACGAAACUCCUCUGAAAGGAAACGAGUGGUCAAUGAGCAUGUUGCUGGGGAUGACCCUUUUGCUGCUGAGAGCUCCAAAGCCUUCAGUGGUGCCUCCUCUCCUCGUCGUUCCCUUCCUUUCCCUGCCCGCACUCCGUCGGACGCGGUGGUGUAAAGGUCGCUCGGUCCGGCGGUCGCUCGCUGCCUGCCGGCCCCAUGCCCCUCGCCUAGCGCCGCUCGCCCCUGCCAUGUCCGCCUCAGAGCUCUACACCAAGUACACAAGGGUUUGGAUUCCUGACCCUGAUGAAGUUUGGAGAUCGGCAGAAGUUAUCAAGGAUUACAAAGAGGGAGAUAAAAGCCUGCAUCUGAAACUUGAAGAUGAAACUCUCUACGAAUAUCCCAUUGACCUGCAAGGAAAUGCAUUGCCUUUCCUGCGCAAUCCAGAUAUCCUUGUGGGAGAGAAUGACCUGACUGCCCUGAGUUACCUGCACGAGCCUGCAGUGCUCCACAACCUCAAAGUCAGGUUCACCGAGUCCAACCACAUCUACACGUACUGCGGUAUUGUACUUGUCGCCAUUAAUCCAUAUGGGCAGCUGCCAAUCUAUGGACAAGAUGUCAUCUACGCGUACAGUGGCCAAAACAUGGGGGAUAUGGAUCCUCACAUCUUUGCCGUGGCAGAGGAAGCAUAUAAGCAGAUGGCUAGGGAUGAGAAGAACCAGUCCAUCAUUGUGAGUGGGGAAUCUGGUGCUGGAAAGACAGUUUCUGCCAAAUAUGCCAUGCGCUUCUUUGCAACGGUUGGUGGUUCUGCCAGCGAGACCAACAUCGAGGCCAAAGUUCUUGCAUCGAGCCCAAUUAUGGAGGCAAUUGGAAAUGCUAAAACAACAAGGAAUGACAACAGCAGUCGCUUUGGGAAAUAUAUUCAGAUUGGCUUUGAUAAACGAUACCACAUCAUUGGUGCGAAUAUGAGGACUUACCUGUUGGAAAAAUCACGAGUUGUAUUCCAGGCGGAGGAUGAGCGCAACUACCACAUCUUCUAUCAGCUUUGUGCCUCAGCGAGUCGCCCAGAAUUCAAAGACCUUGGGCUAACGUGUGCUGAAGACUACUUCUACACAUCUCAGGGGGGUAGCACAUCUAUUGAUGGUGUGGAUGAUGCUGAGGACUUUGAGAAAACAAGGCAUGCCUUCACCCUACUUGGAGUGAAGGAGUCUCAUCAGAUAACCAUUUUUAGGAUAAUUGCUGCCAUUCUGCACCUAGGGAACUUGGAAAUCCAAGCGGAACGAGACGGCGAUGCCUGCAGUAUAUUGAGUGAUGAUGAGCACUUGAACAACUUCUGCAGCUUGCUGGGUGUGGAGCACAGCCAGAUGGAGCACUGGCUGUGCCAUCGCAAGCUGGUCACCACGGCCGAGACCUACGUGAAGAGCAUGUCCAUGCAGCAAGUGGUGAAUGCCAGAAAUGCCCUGGCCAAGCACAUCUAUGCCCGGCUCUUCAGCUGGAUUGUGCAACACAUCAACAAGGCCCUGCACACCAGUAUCAAGCAGCACUCCUUCAUCGGCGUGCUCGAUAUCUAUGGGUUUGAAACUUUUGAAGUGAACAGCUUUGAACAGUUUUGUAUCAACUACGCCAAUGAAAAGCUCCAGCAGCAGUUCAACUUGCAUGUGUUUAAGCUGGAACAAGAAGAGUACAUGAAGGAAGGAAUCCCUUGGACUCUCAUAGACUUCUAUGAUAACCAGCCCUGCAUAGACCUUAUAGAGACGAAACUUGGUAUCUUGGACCUGCUGGAUGAAGAGUGCAAGGUUCCCAAAGGCACUGACCAGAACUGGGCUCAGAAGCUGUAUGACCGGCACUCCAACAGCCAGCACUUCCAGAAGCCCCGGAUGUCCAACACCUCCUUCAUUGUCCUGCACUUUGCUGAUAAGGUGGAAUACCAGAGUGAGGGAUUUCUGGAGAAGAACAGGGACACUGUGUAUGAGGAACAGAUCAACAUCCUGAAAGCCAGCAAGUAUCAGAUGGUAGCAGACUUAUUCCAAGAUGAGAAGGAUGCUGCACCCACCACCCCUGUGGGAAAGGGAACACCCAAAAUCAGUGUCCGUUCUGCCAGACCAGCCAUCAAAGCUGCCAAUAAGGAGCACAAGAAAACUGUGGGGCACCAGUUCCGCAACUCACUGCAUUUGCUCAUGGAGACCCUGAAUGCCACCACCCCACACUACGUGCGCUGCAUCAAGCCCAACGAUGAAAAGCUCUCCUUCAAGUUUGAUUCAAAGAGAGUGGUGCAGCAGCUGAGAGCUUGUGGAGUGCUGGAGACCAUCCGCAUCAGUGCAGCUGGCUUCCCAUCCAGAUGGUCCUACCACGACUUUUUCAAUAGGUAUCGUGUUCUUAUGAAGAAGAGAGACCUCUCUAACAAUGACAAGAAACAGAUAUGUCAGACCCUGUUGGAAGACCUCAUUAAGGAUCCAGACAAGUUCCAGUUUGGCCGUACCAAGAUCUUUUUCCGUGCAGGCCAGGUGGCUUAUCUGGAGAAACUGCGAGCAGAUAAGUUCAGAGCUGCCACAAUCAUGAUUCAGAAGACAGUGCGGGGUUGGCUGCAGUGGGUCAGGUACAGAAGGCUCAGACAAGCUACAGUCACCAUCCAGCGCUACACACGUGGGCACCUGGCACGGAGACUCGCUGAGCACCUGAGGAGGACAAGAGCUGCCAUCAUCUGCCAGAAGCAGUACCGAAUGCUACGGAUCCUCCGAGCUUACCAGAGGGUCCGCACUGCAACCAUCACCAUUCAGGCUUUUGCUCGGGGCAUGAUUGUCAGGAGGAUUUAUCACAAGAUCCUGGUGGAGCACAAAGCCAUCAUCCUCCAGAAGUACACACGGGGCUGGCUGGCCCGCACUCGGUUCCGCCGGGUCAGGGCGGCCACCAUUGUCCUGCAGUGCUGCUACCGGCGCAUGAAAGCCAGGCAGCAGCUGAAGGCGCUGAAGAUUGAGGCCCGCUCAGCACAACACCUAAAGAAGCUCAAUGUUGGCAUGGAGAACAAGGUGGUCCAGCUCCAGAGGAAGAUUGAUGAGCAGAACAAGGAAUAUAAACUUCUGAAUGAGCAGCUCUCAACGCUUACGUCAGCCCACUCCUCUGAGGUGGAAAAGCUGAAGAAAGAGCUGGUGUGGUAUCAGCAGAGCCACCAGGGUGAUGGCAACCAGCUUGUCAGCUUGCAAGAAGAGAUGGAGCACCUCCAGCUGGAGCUUGAAAAGGCUCAUCAGGAGAGGAAGGUCAUGGAAGACAGCUACGUUAAGGAGAAAGACCUACUGAGAAAGCGCAUAUCCGAAUUAGAAGAAGAAAAUGCUUUCCUGAAGCAGGAAAAAGAGGAGCUUAACAGCAGGAUCCUGUGUCAAUCUGAAGAUGAAUUUGCACAAAACACAGUUGAGGAAAACAUCCAGGUGAAGAAAGAGCUGGAAGAAGAGAGAUCUCGUUAUCAGAACCUGGUAAAAGAGUAUUCAAGGCUGGAGCAGAGAUAUGACAACUUGAGGGAUGAAAUUACUAUUAUAAAGCAGGCACCUGGGCACAGAAGAAACCCAUCCAACCAGAGCAGUUUGGAGUCCGAUUCCAAUUACCCAUCCAUCUCAACCUCUGAGAUAGGAGACACCGAAGAUGUAAUGCCACAGGUGGAGGAGGUUGGGAUGGAAGAAGCAGCCAUGGACAUGACCCUCUUCCUGAAGCUACAGAAGCGAGUGAGGGAGCUCGAGCAGGAGAGGAAGAAGCUGCAAACCCAACUGGAGAAAAAGGAGGAUGAGAGCAAGAAGCCCCAGGUAACUGAAGUGAAGACUGAAGUGACUUCAGAGCACGAGGAUUUUGCAUAUAACAGUCUGAAGAGGCAAGAGCUGGAAUCGGAGAACAAGAAACUGAAGAAUGAGCUUAAUGAGCUGAGGAAAGCUAUUGCAGACAAAGCAACCCAGAACAACUCGUCCAACGAUAUUCAGGACAGUUAUAACCUGUUAUUGAACCAGCUGAAAUUGGCCAAUGAGGAGUUGGAAGUGAGGAAAGAAGAGGUGCUCAUCCUGAGGACACAAAUUAUAAAGGCAGCCCAGCAAAAGGAGAUUGGGAAAGACAUGGAAAGCAUUGCCAGCGACACCAGAUGGCCGAACAGUGACAAGCACAUUGAUCAGGAGGACGCGAUUGAAGCCUACCAGGGGAUGUGCAAGACAAACCACAUGACUGAGGACUGGGGGUAUCUCAAUGAAGAUGGAGAGCUCGGCUUGGCUUAUCAAGGUUUAAAGCAAGUUGCCAGGUUGCUGGAAGCACAGCUACAGGAUCAGAGAAGAGAGCAUGAAGAGGAGGUGGAAGCUCUGAAGAACCAGAUGGACACAAUGAAAGAAGAGAUGGAGAAGCAGCAGCAGAGUUUCCUGCAGACCCUGCAGCUCUCUCCAGAGGUUCAGGUGGAGUUUGGACUUCAGCGAGAAAUUACACGUCUUACCAAUGAGAACCUGGAUCUUAAAGAAUUGCUAGAGAAGUUGGAAAAGAAUGAGAAGAAGCUGAAGAAGGAGCUGAAGAUUUAUAUGAAGAAGGUCCAAGAUUUUCAAGCAUUCCAGACCAUGGUACCAGCAGAGAGAAGGCAGCGUGAAUGUCACAUGCAAGUUGCUGUUCAGAGGAAGGAGAAAAAUUUUCAGGGCAUGUUGGAAUAUUAUAAGGAAGACGAGCCACUCCUCAUCCAAAACCUCAUUACAGAUCUCAAGCCCCAGGCGGUGUCUGCUACUGUUCCUUGCCUUCCUGCCUAUAUCCUCUACAUGUGCAUCAGACACGCGGAUUACAUCAAUGAUGACCAGAAAGUGCACUCCUUGCUCACCUCCACCAUCAAUGGCAUUAAGAAAGUGCUGAGGAAACACAAAAAAGAUUUUGAGAUGACAUCGUUUUGGCUGGCGAAUACACGUCGCCUCCUGCACUGUUUAAAGCAGUACAGCGGAGAUGCGGGUUUCAUGACACAAAAUACGCCUAAACAGAACGAGCACUGUCUGAAGAACUUUGACCUGACCGAAUACCGCCAGGUGCUGGACCACCUCUCCAUCCAGAUCUACCAGCAGCUCAUUAAGAUAGCAGAGGGCAUACUCCACCCCAUGAUUGUGUCUGCGGUGUUGGAAAAUGAGAGUAUCCAAGGGCUUUCUGGUAUCAAACCAAUGGGCUACAGAAAACGCUCCUCCAGCAUGGAAGAUUGCGACAGCUCCUACAGCCCAGAUGAAAUCAUUCGCCAGCUGAACACAUUCCACACCAUCAUGUGUGACCAGGGUCUGGACCCAGAGAUCGUGCAGCAGGUCUUCAAGCAGCUGUUCUACGUGAUCAAUGCAGUUACCCUGAACAACCUCCUAUUAAGGAAGGAUGUCUGCUCAUGGAGCACAGGCAUGCAGCUAAGGUUUAACAUAAGCCAGCUGGAGGAAUGGCUCCGUGCGAAGAAUCUGCAGGAGAGUGGAGCAGCACAAACUUUGGAGCCCUUGAUUCAGGCAGCACAGCUUCUGCAGCUUAAAAAGAAAACUUCAGAAGAUGCUGAGGCCAUCUGCUCCUUGUGCACAUCACUCACAACCCAGCAGAUUGUAAAGAUACUUAAUCUCUACACUCCAGUGAAUGAGUUUGAAGAACGUGUGACAGUAGCUUUCAUUCGAGACAUACAGAUGCACUUGCAAGAGCGAAAUGACCCUCCGCAGCUGCUGUUAGACUUCAAGCAUAUGUUCCCAGUUUUGUUCCCAUUCAACCCAUCCUCCAUAACCAUGGACUCUAUUGAUCUCCCCGCUUCUCUCAACUUGGAAUUUCUCAAUAAAGUCUGAAGACAGUAUAAUUAAGCUCACCUCUCACAUCCAGAGAUCUCCAGCAAAGAAAGAAAAAUCCUGAAAGGAAUUUAAGGAGCUCUUUAAAUACAGACCAAACAGGCUUGUAGACAAACCAAUAUACAGUGAUAAUUGGAAGCUAAACUAUACAGUAAAAACCAGACUGAUCUGUAUGUGAAUUUGGUUUUUUUUUUGUAAUUUGCAGCUCAGAAAUAAGGAUAUUUGAAAUGUAGAUUUAUUUCUUAUUGUUUGAUUUUACAGUCAAAGCCCAUAAUCAUCUCCAAAAGAUGCUAACCAAAAAGAAUGGGGAGUGCGAUCCCCCCUCAUUUCCAUAGGUGUCUAGGAAGAAAUGAGAGUUAAAUCAAGACCAAAAUCUGAGACAUGCUUGCCUCCUUUAAAGAUAUGUAAUUUGUCCGAUAGCCAGGUGAUUUUGUAGGUAUUAAUCAUGCGACAAGCAAUUCUGCCUCCUGUUCUUGCUAGUAACCCUAUCACAAUAGUGCAAGUACGUAUUUAUCAUGCUGGUUAAGGUUAUGGGCUUGGACACUGCUUGUUACCACUGACAUACAAUUUGGCACAAAUUCCAUGUUUAAGAAAUGCUAUUUCUCCUCCUAAAUGCAUCCAGUGUAUCUGCUUUGUGAGAAAUGGCAGUUUGGACUUUCUUCUGUUACCAAAUUUACAUUAGUGAUGUGCAAGGGUUUUGUACUCAUGAAAUUAUCUUAAGACAAGGGCCUGUCUUAGGCUUCCUGUUUUUAAGUACAGAUGAGAUUCACCCUGAUAUCUGCUAUUGCCUUUUCCCUGCGUUUUUGAAAGUCAGAAACUUUCAUCCAGUGGCUAUUGAGGUUCUUAGACUUACAUGGCCUGUGUCAGAAUCUCAUGCAUAGAUAAGGGGUGCUAACACAGCCCAGUUUAAUCAUCAGGUCUCCACUUUGGUUCAGUGGGUUAGUCUUAGCUGUAGCAGGACUGUGGAAAAACUCUAUUCAGUUCAACAGACAUCUGGAAUUUUACCAGCUGUGCCAAUACAGUGGUUAUAUAAAUGAAGAAUACAUAAAAUUCUAAUAUAAAAGGGAGUGGAUAAGCAAUGAAAUGUUUUUGUGUAACACAAAAAAAUUGUCAGUGUGUUAGUAAUGUAAGAUAUUUCUUUAACAGUGAGCAUGAACUCUUUAUCUACAACAAAAUUCAAUGAACAACUGCAAUCAGUUGAAAUUGCUAGGCUUUUUUUCUAACCUAACUUACAAAUUAAAAUGGACCAACCCCCUGAUCUCACUAUGCAGACACUGCAAGGGGCCAGCUCCUCACAGUAGAAGUCAUUGAUUUUUCUCAGUACGUACCAUGAUGUGGUGAAUUCUCGGUUUCUGCGGAGCCACUUUUCUCACUGAGAUGGGGAAAAGCCAUGCCUGAGCGAUGCUCUGCAAUGAUCCUAAUAGUGAUGGGUCUGCAAAGUGCUCAGUGGCGAUCCUUCUACCAGAGCUCAGCGUGCCAAAAUGCAGCAAAAGCCCCUCUCAUCUCAUCACCUUGAGCAGUUUCCAUAGUGCUCUUGUCUGAGUCUAUCUGAACUUUGUGGUUGUAGUUCCUGAAAAAAAACCCACAAACUUCUUAUCAUCUGACUGCUUUUAGUUGGUGUAAAUCAGAUCCCAAUAGCAAAUUUAUCACCAGGUACCCUGUCUGCUCAGAGGAUUAAAGUAGGUGAAGUCUUGUAAAGAUACACCAAAUCCUGCCUUGCUGCAGUCACAUUUUUAGAUAAGCAUUGUGUUUUGAUUUAAACAUCAUGUACAUAAUCAAUGUAUAUACAAACUGUAAUAGGUCCUCUAUGUACUAUAUAUGUAUAUUGCUAUCCAAAAAGCACAUUUUUAAAGAAAAUUAUGAGUGCUGUGAAGAAUUAUAUUGGUCUGUGCCGGUGAAUAAAUAACCUUGCUUCAAACAGACCAUGGUUUAGCGUGGCUGUUACCAGUGAAGGACCAAUUUAAGGCCGAGAAAUUACCUUUGCCCCUGUACCCCAACUAAUUAUAGACGAAAACUGAUUUCUUGUGUAGCACCAACACUACCUCCAAAAGACAGUCUUUGAGCAUUGCAUCCAUUGCUUACAUUCAGUAGUGCCUUCAUCUCCCCUUCGUAUAUAUAAGGGUAAUGCCACUGUCUUGUGGUCUAUGCCCAAUGAACCCACACUCUUCUGUCACCCACUCAUCUACCAUACUUUUAUUUCUUACACCUACCUCUCUCCACAUCUGCAAAUGAAUGUUUUUGCAAUGCUCUCAAUUUAAUUUUUUAAUUGUAUCUUACUCCUUUCUCCCCCCACCCCAUAGUAGUAAUCACUGAAAAAUUACAGGAAAAAAAAAUCAUUCAGAGCAGCAUUCAGUCUUUCUGUAAGACUGUUUAAACAGAGCUAUUUUUCAGAAUUCAUCUUAGGCCAACAGUUUCCUCUUGGGCUCUUCAGGUCUCUACCUCUCUCUGAUGUAAAGUGUUCAGAGUACAAUUAACAACAGAUUGACUAAAGCAAUGGUUGGCGUUCAGACGAAAUAACAGGUUGCUGCAGAACCCACUUCUGCAGUGAUUUUGUUGCUGAUUGCAAUUGUGAAGUGUGGUUAAUGGCCUUCUAGGGGAUAAUGGUCUUUCACUGGCAUUUUCAGGAUAAUAAUUUAUACGUACAGUAGAGACUUUCUUAAAAACUCUAGGUAUGUCUAAAUGGGAACUGGGAUUUAAUGUCUUGAUUGGUGAUAAUGUAGUUUUAUCAAUUAAAAUCCAUCUGGAAGAAGACUGUCUAUGAAAUAUCUUUAAUAUAUGUUAUCUUUUCUGACAGCUAUUUGUUUUCAAAUGUGAAUUUUGUUAAAUUGCUAUGCUCAAGCAUGCCUUUCUUUCCUCAGAUUGGCACUUCUUUAUUUAAAGAGCAAAUCUAACACAAAGCAUGGCUUUGAGAAAGCUGGCUUUUAUCUGGAUCUGGUUUUAUGUUUAAAUAUUGACUAUUAAGUUGAGCAUUUUCCCGCUGUGUGCCUUUAGCUGUUACUAAGGUAACUUCUCAACCACUGUUUCUCCGAAACAAGCAUUAAAAUGUGGGGAUAUUUUUAUUGUUCUCUCAUUAAAAAAGUUGUCUGUGGAUUUAUAAGUAAGCCAAUAAAGUCUCACUCUGCA